UGAAGCCCAUUGAGAGGAAUUGUUGGAAUUGGGCCACACGUCUAUUGGGAUUUUCACCAUCAGACCCAGCCCUUAGCAUUGUUGUGGGCAGGAAGCGAAACCCUGGCCUUAAAAUUCCAAAAGAAGCAUUUGAACAACCUCAGCCCAGUUCCACGCCACCUCGAGACUUGGACUCUAAAGCUUGCAUUUCUAUUGGAAAUCAGAACUUUGAGGUGAAGGCAGAUGACCUGGAGCCCAUAAUGGAGCUGGGGCGGGGUGCGUACGGGGUGGUGGAGAAGAUGCGACAUGUGCCCAGCGGGCAGAUCAUGGCGGUGAAGCGGAUCCGGGCCACAGUAAACAGCCAGGAGCAGAAGAGGCUACUGAUGGAUCUGGAUAUUUCCAUGAGGACAGUGGACUGUCCUUUUACAGUCACCUUUUAUGGCGCACUCUUCCGGGAGGGUGAUGUUUGGAUCUGCAUGGAGCUCAUGGAUACGUCGCUAGAUAAAUUCUACAAACAAGUGAUUGAUAAAGGUCAAACAAUUCCAGAGGACAUCUUAGGGAAAAUAGCAGUUUCUAUUGUAAAAGCGUUAGAACACUUACACAGUAAGCUGUCUGUCAUUCAUCGAGACGUCAAACCUUCCAAUGUGCUGAUCAACGCUCUUGGCCAAGUAAAGAUGUGCGAUUUUGGAAUCAGUGGCUACCUUGUAGACUCUGUCGCCAAAACUAUUGACGCAGGAUGUAAACCAUACAUGGCCCCUGAAAGGAUAAACCCAGAGCUCAAUCAGAAGGGAUACAGUGUAAAGUCUGACAUUUGGAGUCUGGGCAUCACAAUGAUCGAGUUGGCUAUCCUUCGGUUUCCCUACGACUCUUGGGGAACUCCCUUCCAGCAGCUCAAACAGGUGGUAGAGGAGCCCUCGCCACAGCUCCCGGCGGACAAAUUCUCGGAAGAGUUUGUUGACUUUACCUCACAGUGCUUGAAGAAGAAUUCCAAAGAACGGCCAACAUAUCCAGAACUUAUGCAACAUCCGUUUUUCACCCUACACGAAUCCAAAGCAACAGACGUGGCAUCUUUUGUAAAACUGAUUCUUGGAGACUAAAGUAUCACGGACUCGCUCGGUCGGCCCUCCUGUGGUUUGGUGGGUUUACGGGACGAAGCAGGUUCACUAAAACACCAAUAGAAACUCAUCUUUGAGAUAAUUUAAUCCUGCCUCUCAGAAGGUUUUUUUUUUUUUUUCUCCCCAUUUUCUUUCUUUUUAUUUUUUCCCCCCUCCCAAGGGGGCUUGGAAUCUCUAGCAUAGAAUGGACUGUCUAGAUGGAUGAAAUAUGGCAAAGGCUUAGGACUUAAAAAGGUGAUUAAAUAUUUAAUGAGGUGUCAUAUGAGUCCUUAAGCUUCUCCGACUUCUCUUGUUCUUUACGAAACGAAUGCAUUGGCCCUGGUCACAAGGUGCUACCCUAGUGAUGAAAUUGUAAGUAGAUCUGUAGUUUGUCCCACUUGUUAUUUUAAUAUUUAUGUUUCAAUGCUUGGUUGCAAAGAUUCCGUUUUAUGCAAGGAGGGGAUGCAAAAGGCAAGGUGGGGCUGGCAAUAUUUAUAGGGCUUUUAUUUUGUAAAUUCAGUCGUGUCUGUGGUCCAGAAGAAAUUAUUUAAUAGGCAUCUUUAAGAGUAUUAUAACAGUAUCAACAAGGAGUUCUUGUAACCUACCUGUUUCAGCUGUUGUGGCUGCUUGCCACGUCCUUGGAUUUCUGCUCAACUCUGGGUCAUAACCACAGUAUUUCAGGUGAAGUGGCGAGGUAGCCCGGUCAUACCCUUUUUCUAACUUUGGAAAACAUAAAAUCACUUUGAUCGCAUCUCAGAGUCACGGAUUGGGUUCUCUUGGCAUUUGUGGUAUUGACGGCAUGGGAUUCGUGAUGUGGUUUUCUAUCACCUCUCUCUCCUUGUGCGUGUUUGUGUGUGUGUGUGUGUGUGUGUGUGUGUGUAUCUGAUAGAUCUUAAGCUCUGCUAAGUGGCUUCUGUGAACAUCUCUAUUUAGUAAGAAGGAUGUGUGUCAAUUCUGCGAGGAGCUGUCAUUCAAACCACACAGAGAAUCGGUGCCUUCUUCUGCUCCUGCCCCUCCUUAACGAUGUAUACGCCCCAGGGAUUGACUCGGUAGCCAUCCUUCACAAACCCUUUUUCUUCUUCUUUUUUUUCUCUUGUUCGAUAAAGAAGCCUUACUACUAAUGGGAGGGCUACAGUAGAAGACGGUGGAAGUUCUUUGAGAAGGUGAGGAGUUAAUGGGGAGGGUUGAAUUCGUUCCUUGAAUGGGCUGCCAGAUUUCCACAGCUUGAGGUAAGGCCACAUUCUUCUCCAGCAGCACACAGUAGGUCAUUCUGCGGGAGGAACUUUUUGGCUGGGGCCCUUGUGGGUCCCCGGCAGGUGGACAAUGCAAUGAAAGCCCCUUCUUGUGGCUACAUAGGUCCCCGGGUUCUCUAGGUUCCUUGAGGAGAGGGGAGUGAGGUGAUACAGGGAGAUAUAGGGAUCAUAACAGGGAAAAUAAAAAAUAUAGGGAUAAUAACCAGGAAACAUUGCUUUUGGACACUGGGUUGAUAAAAGGCUUUUCCUGGAGGACAAGGAUGGAGAAUUCACAUUAAAAAAGAAGAGAUCUCACUCUGUUGACAGAUAUGGGGAUUAUUACUCUCUAAAAACCUCCCUUCUUCCCCCUUUUAGAUUUUGAAGUGCUGUUACUUAUUUUUCUGUGUCUGCGUUUUCCCCUUUACUUGACCUCUGUCUCACUCAUAGCUGUUGCCCCGAGUGAGUAUGGUACUUCCAUACUCUUCUUUGUAUCCAGUUCCAAGAUAUACCUGUCUGAUCUAACGUGGUUUCAUCUUCUUGAAAGCUACCUCUGUCCUCAUCUUUUUCCAGACAGAAAUGUUUGUUAUCCUCCUAAUUAAGGCCAUUCACUUUCCCACCCAACUUUCUAAAUCUAGCCAUUUCUCUCUUUGAGAUAAAGAGACACGAAACAAAACAAAACACAAUUGUAUUCCUUCCUUCCUUCAUCCAUCUUA